AUGACGAGCUUCUUUUCAUGGCUAUUCACAAGUUUCACAAAUAAUACUGGCCGGCAAAUGGUCGGAAAUUAUCUCGAAAAGAUUGAUCCGUCAUCUGCCCGAAGUGCAAGUCGUCGGGCACUGAUCGAUGAGUUCGUUGCCGAGACACUUCGUCCGGACGGCUUAUUUUUGCUUCGUCUAGUGCAGGCCAAUUCAGGCGAUAUUGUUACCUGCGAGUUGAUCGCAACCCUCUGGCGACGAUUUUACGCUGCACGGAUUCCGCCUUCAUACAUCACCGAACCGCUGCUGCCGGCGAAGGAUAAGCGCAUGGCACCAGUCAUCGAAAGCGGAUUAUAG